CUUUGCCCCUUGGGGAUCUUCUUUGACCACAUCCCCAUUUUAAUACUGCCAUUUCACUUUCACACCAAAAUUAUGUGUCAGUAAUGACAGCACAGAGAAACAAUGAGAACAGAUCAAGAGGAUCUUGUUUUUUCAACAAGCAGAUCAGAAUGGAUCUUCAGCUGGCUGCCCUCCUGGUGUCCCACCUCUCUUGCACAUCUUAAAAAAGCAGAAGAUAAAAUCCUGAAAGCCAUUAAAGUCAAGUACACACAAGGACAUGUUUCCAUAUCUAAUGGGAACUACAUCUGGACUCUGGGCUUUAAUGAAACAAAUAACUUGUGCGAGCAUACUGGUCGUCCUAAACAUCUGCAGAUCCCACUAGUGCUACUGCAUGGUUUUGGGGCUGGUGUGGGUCUCUGGGUUAAAAACCUUCCUGUCAUUGCAAAAGAAGGAAGGCCUGUAUAUGCACUUGACCUGUUGGGCUUUGGACGCAGCAGUCGACCAAUCUCUGGCAAUGAUGCUCAAGAAGUAGAGGAGCAGUUUGUCCAAUCCCUGGAGGACUGGAGACAGUCAGUCGGAUUGGAACAUAUGAUUCUACUUGGCCAUGAUUUUGGAGGUUAUGUGUCUACAGCCUAUGCAAUGAAAUAUCCUAACAGAGUGAAGCACUUGGUGUUGGUGGAACCGUGGGGGUUUAUGGCAAGACCGAAUGCUCAGGAGCGCUGGGUUCCUGUUUGGAUUAAAGCCAUUGGUGCUGUAAUGAACCCAUUAAACCCUCUUACUCUUCUCAGGCUGGCAGGACCACUGGGUCCUUUUUUGAUACAGGCAAUGCGAUCAGAUUUUAAGCAGAAAUAUGCUUCUGUUUUUGAAGAUGAUACAGUUGCUGAUUACAUAUACCACACAAAUGCACAGACGCCCAGUGGAGAGACAGCAUUUAAAAACUUGACAAUCCCAUACGGCUGGCCCCAGCUCCCCAUGAUGGAACGGGCAGGGAUGAUCAGUCCCUCGCUUCCCAUGUCUUUUAUCUACGGAUCACGUUCAAGCAUCGACGGCCAAUCAGGAAAAGCCAUUCAAGAAAUCAGACCCAACUCACACACAGAAAUUAUAGUCAUUCAGGGUGCAGGUCACUACGUAUUUGCGGACCAAUCAGAGGAAUUUAACCAGGCUGUGAUCAAGAUAUGUAACAAUGUCAGAGAUAUAAACAAUGGAGAAGAAGAUGAGAAGAAUGACAACAUGAAUGAGUCAUAAGAGAUAUCUGAAGUUACAGAAGAGAAGUGGCUUAAUAAGUCUUUUAAAGUGAAACAACAGGUGAUAGAGAUUAUUAGCAAAAUUAAAGUGUAAACCAGCAAAUAUGUUGGCAUAUAACUUGUAUAUGACAUCUAGUCACAAGAACCAAUGUGAUAAGAAGUAACUGAUGGCACUGAAAGAAUUGUAAUUUUUUUGGGUGAAUCAUUCCCCUUUUCCAUUAAAAGCCGUUCUAGGCACCCUAUGGACAUUGCUUGAGCUGCAAUAUUUUCUCUAUGUAGCCUACAAUGUAUUUUAGCUAAGUCUGUCCCUAUACAAAUAAACAAAUACAUUAAAUAAAC